AGAGAGAGAGAGAAACACGUUGCGGGAGACAGCUAGAGGUAGCCUACGGAACAGCGGAGAACAUCCACAACACGGUCGUUAGUGCAACGCGCAAGGGGGACUCUAUCGCGGGGCGUCCGUCUGGCUGCUUCCCCGCCGGUCCGCUUCCCAGAAUGUGCUGUGCCCCCGGCUCAUUUCUACGGUACACGAACCAGUCACCGCGGCAUCCCCACGAACACUGAAAGCCCAGAUGCUUACCCUCUCCGCGGACAUGGACGAGUCCUCGUCUCUGCUGGAUCUGCUGGAGUGCUCGGUGUGCCUGGAGCGCCUGGACACCACGGCCAAGGUGCUGCCGUGCCAGCACACCUUCUGCCGCCGCUGCCUGGAAAACAUCGUCAGCUCCCGGAACGAACUCCGCUGCCCGGAGUGUCGCAUCCUGGUGGACUGCGGGGUGGACGACCUGCCGGCGAACAUCCUGCUGGUUCGCCUCCUGGACGGCAUUAAGCAGCGGCCGCAGCGAGGGAGCGGAGGAGGAGGAGGAGGACCCGGGGGCAGGCAGUCCCUGGCCGGGGGCUCGCUGCAGGGGUACGCAGCCGGGAUAUGCGCUUCUCCCCCGGGCAGUGCGAUCAGAGAGCUGCCCGUGGCCAUCAGGAGCUCCCCCGUCAAGAACAUCCCAGCGCUGCCUUGCGGUAAAGCCCUCUACUCCUACGAAGGAAAAGAACCAGGCGAUCUCCAGUUUUCAAAGGGCGACAUCAUCAUCCUGCGACGCAAGGUGGAUGACAACUGGUACCACGGAGAGCUCAGCGGCUGCCAUGGUUUCUUGCCCGCUAGUUACAUCCAGUUGCUGCGUCCCCUGAGCCAAACUCCACCCCAGGGCAAAGCGCUGUACGACUUUGAGGUCAAAGAUAAAGACCAGGAUAAAGACUGUCUGGCCUUCAGCAAGGAUGAGGUACUGACAGUAAUCAGGCGAGUGGACGAGAACUGGGCAGAAGGCAUGCUGGGAGACAAGAUUGGCAUCUUCCCCAUUCUCUAUGUGGAGUUAAAUGAAACAGCCAAGCAGUUGAUGGAGAUCGACAAGCCCGCUCCAACUAACGCUCCAGGUCCGAGCUCCGAGCCAGCCCCGCUGGGCCCCUGCUCUCCUGGCCCCUCCCCCAGCGCUUCCCCGGCCAAUGGAAAUGGCUCUGGCCAUCGGCGAGGCGAGGGGAAGAAAAACGCCAAGAAGAGGCAUUCGUUCUCUGCGCUGUCUGUCAGCCAGAGGGCCGCCCAGCUGAACAACAGACACAGUAUGGAGAUCUCCCACCCGGUCCUCAUCAGCUCAUCCGACCCCAGAGCUGCUGCACGCAUCCAGGAUGCAUCCCACCAGGGUCCCUCUCCCUCCUUGGCAGGGGUGCUGGUGCCGCCCAAAGUGGCAUCCAUAACCUCUGAGCUGCUGGCCCAUGCCAAGGUUCAGCUGCCACUCAACAUAUAUCUGGCUUUAUACGCCUACAAGCCCCAGAAGGCUGACGAGCUGGAGCUUAGGAAAGGAGAGAUGUAUCGGGUGACAGAGAAGUGUCAAGACGGCUGGUUCAAAGGCACCUCACUGAGAACUGCUGCCUCUGGUGUCUUCCCGGGGAACUACGUCACGCCCGUGUCCAGGGCUCCGUUUGGAGUCGGUUCUUCUCGGGGAUCGUCUUUGUCCAGUCCAGUAGGUGGAGGAGGAGGAAGUGUGGGUAGUAAAAUCUCCGACCCUUCGUCCCCGGGGUCCCCGGGGCCCUCUUCGUCUCGUCCCUCCACCCCACUGGUAAACUCUGUGAACAACACCAGUCCCGCCUCCUCGCCGCAAACUGCCGCCGCCCAGCUGAAGAACUGCCUGCGCUCCAGUCAGCAUACAGUUAACCAGGCACGCACCUCAAUGCAGCUGGUCCACAGUCCUCCUGCUGGAAGCCCCGAGCGCCCCACAGUGGCCCUUUCCCCCCUGCGUCCUCAGAGUUCCUCCCCCUCACGCUGCCCCGGCCAAUCGGGUCGUCCUCACUCCAUGGUGUCUCCAGGACCCAGCCUAGGGCCCUCACCCCUCUCCUCUCCCGCCUCACGGCCCCUCCUCCCCCUCUCAUCCCCUCUCUCCUGCCUCACGCCUCCCAACGUGUCGGCGGCGCUCCUCAACGGGGACCCAGCCAGUCCACUGCAGCCGCCAUCGCCGGGCCCCUCCCAUAACCAGGGCGUCCUCGCACCUAAACCAGAAAAGAAGGAGAGGAAAGCAGGUGGUUUAUUAAAGCUCUUGUCGGGGGCGGCAGCCAAGAAGAAAACUCGCUCACCUCCCUCCUCCCCGCCCACCCGUGACCCCUCAUUGGCUGGUCAUGGUGCCGACCCUGCCCACCAUCCUCACCACCACCACCACGCCCGCUCAGGUUCCUGUCCGAUGGCGUCACAGGGGCGGGCCGGCUCCUGUCCAAUCGAGAGUGAGAUGGCGGGGGCCAUUGGGCUGGAGCCCCUGCACAGGAAGUCCGGUUCCCUGGACACCAACUUCCCCAUGUCACCUCCGGCAACACGUGCCGUCAACGCUCUGAUGGCCCUCCGGCCUGAACCCAAACCCCUGUCCAGAGAGAGGUGGGCAAACACACACACAACCACACAUAAUGACAUUAUGAUGAUCUUGCUCUUAAUAAUGCUAAUAACCUUUAAAAAAAAGGUGAUAGUUUUGACUUGGAAGCCUAUAAGCCACCAUUCAUGUCCUUGUUUUCUGCGUCAUCUGGGAUUCAAUACCUACUCACAAUAUGUGAGCUAAGGUCCCCCAGGCGCAACACUUUUUAUCCCAGAGUGGUACAACAAUACACAACCCAGUAGCCUUAAAGACUCAAGCUCUGCUCUCAUACAAACACACACACAUAUACAAAUACACACUUCAUACCCCUCAGUGGAAACCUGUUAAAUCAGGAUUUAAUGGUUGCAUGUCCCUUACUGGCAGCAGGAUGCUGAUGUAUUGGGAGCACUGGUUAUUGCACCAAACCAUGCACACUGCUCCUUGUGUGUGUGUGCGUGCGUGUGUGUGUGUGUGUGUGUGUGUGUGUGUGUGUGUGUGUGUGUGUUUCUCUCUCAUCUUUUUGGCACACAUACAGCUUUGUUUUUCAAUGUUUGCUUAUAAUCAUAACUAUGGCGGCAAACAAUGAUUCACUUUAUUAAAUUACUGAUAAUUUUUUUCUACUAUUAUUGAAUUAAUUGCCUUGGUAAAAGCAAAAGGCAUUUCAUACUUUCAUAUUUCAAAAAUAUAAAAAAAUUCAAAGUGCCUUACAGACAUUUUUGAUGAUAUUCCAACUGAAACAUUACAGGUAAAGGUGGUGUUGAUAUUAUUAAUAUUUACCCAUAGUGUUAAUACUUAGUACUUCCCUGUGUUAUUUUUUGAUGAAGUUUGUACCAUCAUUCUUCAAUUUAAAAGAUUCAGAAAACUAAAUAAUAAAAUAAUGUUGAGGUUCACAAUAAAACACUGUUGCUGCCCCGUUUGAUCUUCAAUCACCCAGAGAACCUGAUAUGUAGAGGGCUGAAAGGAGCACCGACACCUAGUGAAAAGUGUCGGUGCUCAAGUAAAAAGUCACUUUAUGCCAAAGAGUAAAAUGUACAAGUGGUACUGCGGUCUGGAAAGUACCGGCCCACUUCAAGCUAUAUCAGUGAUUCACUGGGAGCAGACCGACUCUCGCACCGUUUCCCGGGUCGACGGUUGGUGUAGGGAGCAGACCGACUAUCGCCCCGAUUCCCGGGUCGACGGUUGGAGUAGGGAGCAGGCCGACUCUCGCACCGUUUCCCGGGUCGACGGUUGGCGUAGGGAGCAGACCGACUCUCGACCGACUCUCGCACCGUUUCCCGGGUCGACGGUUGGCGUAGAGAGCAGACCGACUCUCGCACCGUUUCCCGGGUCGACGGUUGGCGUAGGAUGCAGACCGACUCUCGACCGACUCUCGCACCGUUUCCCGGGUCGACGGUUGGCGUAGAGAGCAGACCGACUCUCGCACCGUUUCCCGGGUUGACGGUUAGCGUAGGGAGUAGACCGACUCUCGACCGACUCUCGCACCGUUUCCCGGGUUGACGGUUGGCGUAGGGAGUAGACCGACUCUUGACCGACUCUCGCACCGUUUGCCGGGUCGACGGUUAGCGUAGGGAGUAGACCGACUCUUGACCGACUCUCGCACCGUUUCCCGGGUUGACGGUUGGCGUAGGGAGCAGACCGACUCUCGCACCGUUUCACACAUGGAACACAGUGAUGUCAUGGCAUCUUUGACGGAACACAUGCUUUGAGACAACAUGUUUGUGACUACAAACCAGCAUGGCGUCUAGUAAAAGACUACCAAACCCAGAGUCAUCGGUCAUAACAAAGAUUGAUGCUGAACCACUGUCAACUGGCCAGCCAGCGUUUCUCAGAUUGGAAUAAGACAAGGAGAAAAGGUGAUGUCGUGAUCUUCGCAAUAAAACAUCAUUGAUGUGACCUCUCUUGGCCAGACAGCGUUAAGAUGUCUACACAGUCUUCAUUUCCCUCCGUUACAGUUUAAGUUCAUC